CACCGAUGCGGUAUGGUCUGUUGCCAGAGUCUGGAUCAGACCAGGAACAAGAACAAGAGAAGAGAGUGACAGUCGUCGCACCGACGCUGCCUUCAAACUCGGGCAGAUAUGGUCUGUUCGACUUGGAUGAUGAAGAGGACGAGUACUUGAAUGAACCAUGGGAGGCGGAGAGGGAUAGUGAGGAGGAGGAUAUGGUAUCCCCGUUGCAACUACGCCGGAAAGCACCACCCCCUGCGCUUACAUCCCGACCGCGGUUCACGCUUCCCAAGGCUCUGAGAAGCCCUUUCGCCACGCCCAUCAAAUCCACCGUCGUUGGUAGCACACCAAUGAGGACCUCCGUAACACCUUCACCUCUUGCACGAUCAAGGAACAUCUCUGCUCGGCUUCCCACAACACCUCGGUCCCUACCUCGCACUUCUUUAUCAUCACGAUAUGACCUUCUUCAACGUUCCGCCAAGAAGUCCGCCCCCUCAACCCCGUCCUCGUCAAAGCCUGGGCUAGUAGUUUACGACUCUGAGGAUAGCGAUGCCGAUGAUGAGCAAGCAACUCCCUUGCGAGACUAUUCCUCCAUCCCCUCCUACGAGCCUACCCCACCGCAAGCGUUCAAAGAAGCGAAAUGGACUUCGUAUCGCGAUCCAAUGGAGGAAUGGGAACGGCAGGCGAAGCAGGCAUCUCUGAGACGCGCCCAAAACUCUUUCCGUCUCCUGGAAUCGCGGAUGUCCCAGCAGCGCAAGUCGAAAGAGCAAGAAAUUGCGCGUACACUGCAGGAAAGCCGGAGCAGGGACGUAGAGGAGGUGGAGCGCCUGCUCGGUCGGAUGAGGGUGCAGCAAGAGGAGGAGGAGAGAGAAUUAAGGGAGGCACAUGAGCUUCGAAAACGCGAUCUUUGGGAGCGCGUUGAUACGGCUCUGAGGUUGGAGGAGCAGGCGCAAGCCCUGGCAGAAGCGAAGAGACUGGAGGAAGCGCGGAAACAGAAGGAAGAGGAAGAGCGGAGAGAGGCGAAACGCCAAGCAGAGGAGAAGCGCAAGAAGGAGGAGCAGGAGCGUUUGGCGAGGGAGGCAAAGCAGAAGGCUGAGGAUGAACGCAAGAGACAAGAAGACGAGAAGAAGGCACAGGAGGAGAAAGCACGCAGGGAUCAGCUGGCGAAAGAAGAGAUGGAGAUGAAGAGGCGGGAAAACGAGGCUGCGGCGGUAAAGAGGAAGGAGCUUGAGGAAAUAAAAAGACUGCAGAGGCUGCAAGAUCAGAAGUGGGAUGUUUGGACUGAGGAGUUACGGGCACAGGCUGAGGAGUUGAAGGGUAAAUCUGCGUUCAUGCUCAAAGCGGUUGAAGCGGUCGACGACGGCGAUAAGCCGCGCACCGUCAAAAAGGCGUGCUCCGAUGCCCGGCGUACAAUGCGUAAAGCCCUUUCCACCAUAUCACGCGAGCUUUCCGUGCUCUCCCGUGUCGCUUCCCAAUGUCAGGUUUUCUUCGCGCAGGCCAGCGAAGCCGACAGGGAUGCUUUUGGAUAUCUCCUCCAUCAUUUUGGACAGACAGUACUUGAGAGAGCCGAAGAAGCAAGCGAUUUCAAGGAAGUGUACCCGCUGGCACACGCAGUCAGGCUGUUGAUGACGGAAGGCGGGUUGGCGAAGAGUGUCGGGAAUGCGGUGUGGUUUGCGAUCAGCAGGGAGACAUGGCUUGUAGAGGCUGUACGGCCGCCCCAGCCUGAAGGCAUGUCCUCCUCUGACUGGGAAACCCAAUUCGGCAAGCGCAGGGAAGAUGAGCCUUCUCUGUCUUACGCGGCCCGUAUAUCCAACUACGUCGCCCUAUAUGCGGCAAUUUGCCAGUCCGAUGUUGAACCUGACGAUGAUCGCAUUCCCCCUCAAUACACGCUGGAUGCGCUGUGGAAACGCCUAACAUCCCUGCUCCGGAGACCACAAGACGGGAACUGGCUCGUGCCUCAUAUGGUCGCUGCUAUCCUUCAGGUGGCAGGGAAGCGGUUGGAAGAAGUGUACGGCGAAUUGCAGUUUUCCAAAUUGCGGGCCUACCUACUCGAACUCUGCAAGGCAGAUGACGAAGCGAAUCCACACUGGUUGGGAAGAGAAGAUAAGGGCGAGACUGCCACUGCUGGAAGAGACAAGCUUAGAGCCGUGCUUAUCGGUUGGGAUCAGGACAAGCUUAGCGAUGGCAGGGAGUGGGAGGAUGAUGUUCCUGGUGGAGUGUACACUGUUAUUGAGAGUAUGAACAGAGGGAGUUACGAUGGGAGCGAGAUGGCGAUAUAAUGACUUGGACUGUUGAGUUGUAUAUUUCUG